CGUGGACGUUUUUUAAUUGUAUUUUGGGUUUGAAAAUUAAUGGCCUUCUAGAAAUAUUUUUCCUUCUUUCUUCCAUUCUGCAACUAGUAUAAGUUCUUGUGUUGGAUUUACCAAAGAGGAUCAACAUUUAUUAACAGUCUUCACAAAUUUUUCUUCAUCUUCUUCUUAUUGCAGUUGAGCAUUUGUUGUAAUGGCUGAACAUGUCCUGACCCGAGUCCACAGCCUCAGGGAGCGCCUUGAUUCUACAUUGGCCGCUCACCGCAAUGAGAUUUUGCUGUUCAUGUCGAGGAUUGAAAGCCACGGGAAGGGAAUCUUGAAGCGCCACGAGCUCUUAGCUGAGUUUGAGUCCAUCUGCAAAAGUGAUCAGGACAAACUGAAUGAUCAUUCCUUUCAGGAAGUUCUCAAGUGCACACAGGAAGCCAUUGUUUUGUCACCAUGGGUUGCUCUUGCAAUCCGUACGAGACCCGGUGUUUGGCAAUACAUACGGCUUAAUGUUCACGCCUUGGCUGUGGAGGAACUCACUGUUCCUCAGUAUCUGCAGUUCAAAGAAGAGCUUGUUGAUGGAGUCAACAAUGGUAACUUUGUUCUUGAGCUUGACUUUGAGCCAUUCAAUGCAUCAUUUCCCAAGCCCACACUCACAAAAUCAAUAGGGAAUGGAGUUGAGUUCCUCAAUCGCCAUCUCUCGGCGAAGAUGUUCCAUGACAAGGAGAGCAUGGCCCCACUCCUUGACUUCCUCCGCGUUCACCAGUACAAAGGAAAGACCAUGAUGUUGAAUGACAGAAUCCAGAACUUGAACACGCUUCAAAGCGUGCUAAGGAAGGCUGAGGAGUACCUCAGCAAACUGCCUCCCGAAACAUCGUACUCUGAAUUCGAAUACUGGUUCCAAGAGAGUGGGCUGGAGAGGGGAUGGGGAGACACCGCGGAGAGGGUGAUGGAGAUGAUUUGCAUGCUUCUGGACCUCCUAGAGGCCCCUGAUUCUUGCACUCUUGAGAGGUUCUUGGGGAGAAUCCCUAUGGUUUUCAAUGUCGUGAUCCUUUCCCCACACGGCUAUUUCGCCCAAGAAAACGUGUUGGGGUACCCAGACACCGGUGGCCAGGUUGUUUACAUUUUGGAUCAAGUUCCAGCAUUGGAGCGGGAGAUGAUCAAGCGCAUCAAGGAGCAAGGACUCGAUAUCAAACCGAGGAUCCUCAUUAUAACUAGGCUGCUCCCGGAUGCAGUUGGGACGACGUGUGGGCAGCGCCUUGAGAAAGUGUACGGGGCGGAGCACUCUCACAUUCUGAGAAUCCCUUUUAGGAAUGAGAAGGGAAUUGUUCGAAAAUGGAUCUCCCGGUUCGAUGUCUGGCCAUACAUGGAGACUUUCACCGAGGAUGUUGCAAAGGAGAUCACUGCUGAGCUGCAGGCAAAACCUGAUUUGAUCAUUGGAAACUAUAGCGAGGGAAACCUUGUUGCCUCCUUGCUGGCUCACAAGUUGGGCGUCACUCAGUGCACAAUUGCGCAUGCGUUGGAGAAGACGAAAUACCCGGAUUCCGACAUUUACUUGAAAAAGUUUGAUGAGAAAUAUCACUUCUCAUGCCAAUUCACUGCUGAUCUCAUUGCCAUGAACCAUACUGAUUUCAUAAUCACCAGCACCUUCCAAGAGAUUGCUGGAAGCAAGGAUACAAUUGGACAAUACGAGAGCCACCAGGCUUUCACAAUGCCGGGACUCUACAGAGUUGUCCACGGAGUUGACGUUUUUGACCCCAAGUUCAACAUCGUCUCCCCAGGAGCCGAUAUGAACUUGUACUUCCCCUACUCUGAGAAGGAGAAGCGACUCACCGCCCUUCAUCCUGAGAUUGAAGACUUGUUGUUUAGUGAUGUUGAGAAUGAAGAGCACCUAUGUGUGCUCAAGGACCGGAAGAAGCCAAUCUUAUUCACGAUGGCUCGGUUGGACCGGGUGAAGAACUUGACAGGACUGGUUGAGUGGUACGCGAAGAACCCAAAUCUAAGGGAACUGGCGAAUCUGGUGGUGGUCGGCGGGGACAGGAGAAAGGAAUCCAAAGACUUGGAAGAGCAGGCGGAGAUGAAGAAGAUGCACGAGCUAAUCAAGACCCACGACCUGAACGGGCAGUUCAGGUGGAUCUCAUCCCAGAUGAACCGCGUGAGGAACGGGGAACUCUACCGGUACAUCUGCGACACACGUGGGGCCUUCGUCCAGCCUGCUUUCUACGAGGCGUUCGGGCUGACCGUGGUCGAGGCCAUGACCUGCGGUCUGCCCACUUUCGCCACCAACCAGGGUGGCCCUGCCGAGAUUAUUGUGAACGGGAAGUCCGGUUUCCACAUUGACCCUUACCACGGCGAACAUGCUGCCGAGCUCCUUGCAAACUUCUUCGAGACGUGCAAGAAGGAUCCUUCCCAUUGGGAGGCCAUUUCUGCCGGCGGCCUCAAACGCAUCCAGGAGAAGUACACGUGGCAAAUAUACUCGGACAGGCUGUUGACGCUGGCGGCAGUUUAUGGGUUCUGGAAGCAUGUUUCCAAGCUGGACCGGCUUGAGACGCGUCGGUAUUUGGAAAUGUUUUACGCUCUCAAAUACCGCAAGCUGGCGGAAGCGGUGCCUUUGGCUGAAGAGUGAUCCGAAAUGAAUCUCGUUUGCUCCGGCGGAAUAAAAGAAAAUCAGUUAAAGAGUUUUCUAAUUGGAAGAGACUUCUUCUUCAUUGUUCAUGUUAUGUAAUUUCUUUGUUUGCACUCUUCACCAGGCAGAAGGUGAAGAUUGUUGUGUUUGGUUUCUGUUGAAUUUUCUAUUGGAAUAUGUUCAGGGGACAAUUGUGGAAAUUUAACAGUUCUAAAUUGUUGGCUUGAAUUCAAAAUUUUUACAUUUCCUAACAUGUUUUUUUAUCAUUAUCUACUUUUCAUCUUCUUUUUCUUAAUAAGAUAAUGUUUCGUAA